CAAAAACUCUGAAGGUGACAAAAAGUCAAUAGGAAAUUCAGACUGCAGAUUGAAAAAGAAUUGAAAAUGGAUGAUUAUUAUCUUUUUGUGCAUAAUAGCUACGUUCUGCUGUGCACCGAGUGCCAAAUGGCAUUUCCACCACAUGAGUUUAGUGGACAGUGCAUGGAGUUCCGCAUGUGCGAAGAAUGCAGGAGAAAGAAUCCCGAGAUUAUUCAUUACCUAUACACAUACAUCUAUCGGCCACAACAAGCCAACAACUGGACUCCCUUUCAGGAUCGCCUGAAUAAGGUAAUGCGUAAGUUGGAGAUACUCGAAUCCGAUCUGGACGCCUUCAAGAAUAUCUAUUGCGAGGAUGAAGCAGAUCUGGAGAUUGAUCGACAGGCUGAAGAAUAUCUAAAGGAAAUGUUGGAGAAAUGCACUAACGUUUAGGAGGUGCUAGAAAUCUGUGAUAUUAAGUUAAAGCCCUUAUAGAAACUCAGCAAAGAUUUCUAAUAUAUCUCAUAUAACAACUCUUAAUAUAACCAUAUUGUAGUGAAUUGGAAACUGUAGAAAAUGUUGUAUUUAAGUAAUGUUUCGUUGUGUUUAUUUAUUUAAGUAAUUCAAUUAUCUGUCUCAAACUGCAAUAUAAUUGACCGUAAAUCCCA